UCAAUUGGUCUCCACUCUCCAGGCAGGAGGAGCUAAUCGCCCGGAGAUCGCUAACAACAGCCCAUCAAAUAUGGCCAGUCGGUCGAGCUUGGAUACCCUCUGCAUCAGUCCCAGGCUGUAGCGAUCGCCCCCCCCCCGUCCGAGCCUGAGGAUGGAAGCGAUACUUCGAUGAGCUCCUUCGGCCUCUCGGUCCGGGGCCUCCCUCUGGCCUUGGCGUCCAUGACACAAGCUACCGCCUCAGACUCGCGCUUCCACCCUAAAUGGCGGGCGAUCACAGUUGCGACCCUGCUAGCUUUAGUGCUCAUGCUAUACCUGAACCGGACAGUAGGGGGCAGAAACGCCGCUACGAGAGGUGACUAUCGCAACGGGGUUCACAGUUUGCAGAUGCACAGCGAGGGUGAAGGGGGCCUCCUCAGGGACAUAAACAGACAGGCUGCACGAAACCCCUCCCGCCACCAGAGAGGGUUAAGACCUUACAACGACACGUACCCGUUAAGUCGGCCGGUGAAGACGGAGCACGGCAUCCGCUACCGUAUCGCCGUGAUCGCAGAUCUGGACAGAGCGUCACGCAGCUCUAAGGACCAGACGUGGUUCAGCUACAUGAAGAGAGGAUACCUCACUAUUUCAAACAGUGCCGACAGACUGGAGGUGGAGUGGGACGCUGACACGGUCACGCUGGAGAGUCAUCUGGCUGAGAAAGGACGAGGUAUGGAGCUGUCUGAGCUGGUGGCGUUCAACGGUCACCUGUACAGCGUGGACGACCGUACCGGCGUGGUGUACAGGAUCGAGGGCAACCAGGCGGUCCCCUGGGUCAUAUUACCCGACGGGGACGGCUCCGUCUCCAAAGGAUUCAAAGCAGAGUGGCUGGCAGUGAAGGAUGAGCACCUGUAUGUUGGCGGCCUGGGCAAAGAGUGGACCACCACCACUGGGGAAGUCGUCAACAACCACCCAGAGUGGGUGAAGGUUGUCGGUUACCAUGGUGACGUGCAGCAUGAGAACUGGGUGCCCCACUACAAUGCCCUGCGGAGCGCCACAGGGAUACAACCACCAGGCUACCUUAUCCAUGAGUCAGCAGCGUGGAGCGAGCGUCUGCAGCGCUGGUUCUUCCUCCCUCGGCGUGCCAGUCACGAACACUACGAAGAGGCAGCGGACGAGCAGCGUGCCGCCAACCUCCUCCUGUCCUGCCCCGCAGACUUCGGCUCCUUCACGGUGCGGCACGUCGGACCGCUCAACCUCAUCCGCGGUUUCUCCUCGUUUAAAUUUGUCCCAGGCACAGACGAUCAGAUCAUUCUGGCCCUGAAGUCAGAGGAGUACGCAGGCAGCAUCGCCACCUACAUCACUGCCUUUACGUUAGACGGCCAGGUGCUGAUGGCCGAGACACAGAUAGGGAAUGUGAAGUUUGAAGGGCUGGAGUUCAUUUAAGAGGGGCAGAGCUGAAGGUGUGCAAGGUCUAGGAGAUUAAGAAGUGGACUGAAUGUGUGCAACACUCUUGUUUUAAGUCUUUGAAUUACAUUCCCCUCAGUUCUACUGUGCAAUAAUGACACAAAGCUAUAUAUUUCAUGAUGAUAUUGUAUAAGAGCAGCAAGAGAGGGCAACAGAUAAGGAGAAUUUCAUCACCAGGAGAGACAAUGGAGUUGACUAAUUAAGUUAAAGAUAUUUAAUGGUUUUAAAAUCAGACACUACUUAUAUUCCAGAUGAGUCUGGGUCAAACAAACUAUAUAAAUAAGGAGCUGUCAGACACUCAGGAUAACAUAUUUUUAAAGGAUGGAAAUAAAUAUCCUUUAACUACUUGAAAUAUCAAACUCACUCAAUGCUCUGUGCUUUAUCUUACCUGAUCAGACACACUGAAAUCUCUCAUAUAGAAUUUAUAUUAAUGUAAUGGGUUUAUUUACUUGAUGCAUAUCAACUUCUGAUUCAUAAGCUACAUGUGAUGUUUUUCAACCUCACAUUUCUCACUUAUUUUAAAUAAACUGAAUAUUAUAAGCUUCUCAGGCCAAUAUGUGAAGCACCAGCUAUUACAUUUAAACCGUAACAUUUCCUGUAAUCAUUUUGUAUCCUCUCAAAAUACAAAUAUUUAAAAUAUA